CAACAAUAAUAAUUAAAAAACAAAAAAAAAAAAAAAAAUAGACAAUAAAUCAUUAUGCAAUCAAUUUCGAUAAAGCAUCUUAAUAGACUUUCACGACGACUUUUCUGUACUCGACCAUUACGAGUGCUAGGUAUUGAAACCUCUUGCGAUGAUACUUCAGCUGCGAUCGUUUCAUCUGAUCAUCGUAUCUUAUCCGAGGUUGUGCAUGGUCAACAGGAGCUACAUGAACCUAUGGGCGGUAUUGUACCAACCUUAGCGAGUGCUGGUCAUUCACGUAACCUUCCAAGUGUGAUUACUAAAGCUCUUGAGGAUGCCAAUUUGAAUGCUCAAGAUUUAGAUGCGAUUGCUGUAACAAGAGGACCUGGCCUACCACCCUGUUUGCCAGUCGGGUUGAAUGCUGCAAAAACUUUGGCAGCAGUCUUAAAAAAACCUCUUAUUGGUGUCCAUCACAUGGAAGCCCACGCAUUAACAGCUCGAUUAACUUGUCAACAAGCUCCUUAUCCCGAAUUCCCCUUCAUGACAUUACUCAUUUCAGGUGGACAUACUCUUUUAUUAACAGCCAACAGUUUAGGCAAUUAUAAUACACUGGCUACAACAUUGGAUGAUGCAGUAGGUGAAGCAUUCGACAAAACAGCUCGUCUUCUUAAUCUGGAAUGGGUUAAGGGGCGACGUGGCGGACCUGGUGCUGCCCUUGAGCAAGCAGCUUCUCUAGGAGAUCCUACACGGUUUAUGGAAUAUUUACCACAACCCAUGCUUCAACGAAAUAAGUCAGUUCUAAGCUUUAGUUUCUCAGGGUUAAAGUCAAAGGUGGCGCAACUCGUGAAGAAGGAUAAGAUAGUGGAUUUAACUAAACCCAAGGAUGUGAAUGAUAUGGCAGCAGCAUUUCAGAUGAUAUGUAUACGACAUUUGGAGCAAAAAAUAGGAUUAGCAUUAGAGGAAGAGAUAGUACGUCAAAAGAAGCCGCUAACAGCAUUUGUUGUAAGCGGAGGAGUUGCAAGCAAUGCAUUAUUUCGUACCAGGUAAAAUAGAGAAGAAAACAAAAAUAAAAUAAAAUAAAAUUGAUGGUCAUAAGCUGAUAAAAAAAUUCUAUUAGGCUGGAAACGUUAGCAGCAGUUUAUGGUUUGCCAUUGAUUUGCCCACCACCUCAAUUUUGUACAGAUAACGGCGUGAUGAUUGCAUGGGCGGGGAUGGAGCGACUACAAGCUGGUCUCGUAGAUGAUUAUACCAUAACAACCUUACCUAAAUGGCCAAUAGAAUCGUUAAAAAAGAAAUAAAUAAAUGGAUAAAGCUUUGACGGUCUUCUAAUAGUAAUUAAUUUGAGAA